CGACUUGAUUGUAAGCUGUCAUAGAACUUUGCGCGGCCUUUUCUACCCUCUGUAUACGGUCAGGAUCCAUGAAUCGAUACCGGAAUGCCCCCAGCCUUAGAGGCCCUACUAAGGCGACCGCCAGUACCCUCUGUCAGAAAUGCUUAAAACGAGAUAUGUACCUUCUUCAGUCGUCAUUACCGCCCAGGAACGGCCGUACCAAUAUCGUCCUUCGCGCACGCAGCAAUUACAGAACCCGAAAUUGCGGCCGCAGCUUUCAGCGGAAACUCCGAACGAUCUAUUGCGCUCGGAAGGCGUAGCCGAUGAUCUUCUGGCAAAGCGAGAAGAAGAGCGGGGCCGUAAAAGAGACAUAAAUGAAUCAGACCCCCUGGAUAGUCAAGGCCAGAUAUCAAAGCGGGCUCGGUCAGCGUCUUCGCAUUCUGUGAGCUCUGUAUCUACGAUAUCUACGAGUCGAUCCCAUUCGCAGUCACCACCUCGCCGUAGAGGAUACGGUGCGAGAAACGAACCUCACCGGACGAAGUCAACCUCUUCUCACCAUGAGAAGCUGAGAAAGAGACGGUAUAGCGACUCGUCUUCUAGCCAUUCUGCUCAUUCUUAUUCAGACGGAGAAAAAGACCGCACCCGUUCCAGAUCACGUGAAUGGACGGGUGACAGGAACACUAGACGAAGGCGUCGAGAGUCCAGCCCUGAGGAGCGCGGGCGAGCUAGAAACUUGUCAAGAGAUGGUAGCCGGAGAGGGAGGACCCGAAGCCAGAGCAUUGAUCAGGGCCGGAUUGCAAGGGAAAGACGGUCUGUGACACCUGAAACGAUGCAUGACCCCAGCCGCCCUGGCAGGCUUUUGAGAGACACCUUCAGGCACUCAGGUCAUUCAGAUGGUCGUCAUAGUCGAGCGCAUGAUGGGCGGAGUGGGCAUAGUCAAGGUCACACUGUAUCUCAGCCUCGAAGGGAGCGGAGUCUCAGCCCCUACAGUAAACGUCUCGCAUUAACCCAGGCCAUGAAUGUCGGCCGCCCCGGCAUGUGA